AUUCCUCAUUGCUAACGGAGGCUCCCUGUUUUAGCCUAGCUAGCUAACUCCACAAACAGAAAAUAACAACAAUAAAUGUACUUUAAAUUAACGUAUGAUAUUACGUUUCAGAAUAAUACAGCUGUUAAAAUGUGAACGAAUAGAGAGCUAAUGAAUUUUCUGAAUAAAAUCGUUUCCGUUAGAUUCGUAUUGUUGUAUGUUAUAAUGCUAGCUCAGGACUUUACAGAUUUGCCUAACGGCAGCUAGCGGGGAGUUUAACUGUUUUUUGUGUCGCUAAAACUAGAUCGUCACCCGACAAGGCCAGAUUGUCACUCAGCUGCAGAAAUUAAAAUUUCUCUUUUGUAGAGCGAUUUCGAUUUGCGUUGACACCUGUUAGCUAGCGCGGCUAGCUAGCGCUCUCCUCACACUGAUUCUACUGGAAAUGGUAGACGCCCUCAUGUGCCCAUGGAAAAGGUGGCUUUCGAGGGGUGGCUGGAGUCAGUUUCCACCACCUUCCUGGCGCUAAGUGACCAGCAGCGCAACCAAUCGCUGGACCACCUCAUCUCACUGAGCGGUGCCGCCCAACUCCGACACCUGUCCAAUAGGCUGGAAGCGCUGCUGAAGCGGGAUUUCCUGCGCCUGCUGCCGUUAGAGCUGGCCUUCUACCUGCUCCGCUGGCUGGACCCCCAAACCCUGCUCACCUGCUGUCUGGUGUGCAAGCAGUGGAAUAAAGUCAUCAAUGCCUGUACAGAAGUGUGGCAGAGUGUGUGUCGAGACCUUGGCUGGCGCAUCGAUGAGUCCAUCCAGGAUGCGACACACUGGAAAGGUGUUUAUCUAAAGGCCAAACUGCGCAUGAAGCAGCUAAGGGAGGAGGAUGCUUUUGAGACGAGCUCUCUCAUUGGACACAGUGCUCGGGUAUAUGCUCUCUACUACCGGGAUGGGCUCCUCUGCACAGGUUCUGAUGACCUGUCAGCCAAACUAUGGGAUGUCCGCACAGGGCAGUGCGUCUACGGCAUCCAGACCCACACUUGUGCAACUGUCAAAUUUGAUGAGCAGAAACUGGUGACCGGGUCUUUUGACAACACCAUUGCAUGCUGGGAAUGGUGCACUGGUGCCAAAAUCCAGCAAUUCCGAGGACAUACUGGGGCGGUAUUCAGCAUAGACUACAAUGAUGACUUGGACACCCUGGUCAGCGGCUCAGCAGACUCCACUGUAAAAGUCUGGUCCCUGUCUACAGGAACCUGUGUCAACACUCUUACUGGACACACAGAGUGGGUCACCAAGGUGCACCUUCAAAAAAGCCAAGUGGAGUCCAUGAUGCACAGUCCUGGUGACUACAUUCUACUGAGUGUCGAUAAGUAUGAAAUAAAGGUGUGGCCAAUAGGCUGUGAGAUCAACUGUAAGUGCUUAAAGACUCUAUCCGUGUCAGAAGACCGCAGUGUCUGCUUGCAGCCGCGAUUACAGUUUGACGGCCGGUACAUUGUCUGUAGUUCAGAUUUGGGCAUAUACCAGUGGGACUUCGCAAGUUUUGAUGUCAUCAGAGUCAUCAAACCACAGCAGGACCCCUCCAGCCUCUCUCUGCUUGGUUUCGGCAAGGUCUUUGCUCUGCUCUUUGACAACCACCACCUCUAUGUUAUGGACUUGAGGACUGAGGUCACUGUGGGUCGCUGGCCACUGCCAGCCUACCGCAAAUCCAAACGAGGCUCUAGUUUCUUACCGGGCGUCACCUCCUGGCUCAACGGACUGGACGGCAAGAACGAUGUGGGCCUGGUGUUUGCCACCAGCAUGCCCGACCAUAGCAUUCAUCUGGUUCUUUGGAGAGAGAAUGGGUAGAAAGGCAGAGGAGGUGAAUACUAGCUCUGUGCUUUGAAAGCAGGCGGGACUUUUACAAACAUAAAAAGAAGAAAAAAGGGUGCUCUCCAUUUGAAAAAUAUUACAGUUAGAUAAUGCAUGGACCAAAGUGGUUUUCCCCUCCUCACCUUUGUUGCCAUUCGCAUUAGGGAUUCACUCUUGCUUCAGUCUCUUUCUUAGUCACUUGCAAACUACACAUUCAACACAUUACAAUCUUUAGAAAAGAAGACAGCUGGAGAUUUGCAGAGUUUCGCUCGUUUUGAUUUCACACCAGUGAGGGAUGGUGAAAUGCCAUUCCACCUCCGGAGCACAGAUCGCUUCACAGCCAGCAUGAGCAGUAGAGUUGGCGUGUUUUUAUAGCACAAUCACCAAGAUUGACAAUGAAGUAAUUUUUUUUGUGUGUUAUCUAUUCAACAAAUUUGAAUAGAUAAUUUGUUUCUUUACACGUCAAGAAUUUUCCUUUGGACACAGAAAUGUUGCCUUAAAUCUAUGAUUUCCUAUUGAAGAAAUUUAAUUUGCAGACCUCUGCAUCUAUAGGCGCUGGCUUGCGCCCCAAACAUCUGUGUUGGUCCUUUUACUGAGUCUUGAAAAGGCUCUGAUAAAAUGCUAUCUGAAUGAAUCAAAUGGCUUUUGUAUGAAGGUCAUUCAGAAGUAGCUUCUCGUUGUUACUGACCCUUGGUUUUUAUUUUUCAUUCAGUUUAUUAGUCAUGUGCCUUUGUUUUAACACUUAACCAUUUGCAUUUACAGUGUGCACAUUUUGAAAUCCAAUUCUCCCUCAAUGACAGAAGAAUAAGUUUUAUGUUAAGUUUUAUUAACCUAAUGUAAUUGAUACAGUAAGAAUUAGUCUUACCACUAUUUAGCCAGACUAGAUCACACAAAAGUGUUUCUUGUGAAUCUCAUUGAAUGUUCAUUUUUAAUCUUUAUUUUUAAAGACUGAUCUUAUUUUUGCAUAAUCCAGGGCUAACCAGCCUUUGUCACUUUAUAUAGCUGCUUCUGUAGUUCUGUAUAUCCCACUGGAACAUAGUUCAAUAUAACUGUUUAUUUUCCAAAACCAUCAAAACAAAGUAUUUUGGGUUGAUGGUUUAAUGCAUUUUUCGUCUUGCUCACACAUUUCAGAGGAUAGAAACUGGGUAACAUUUUGAUUAAAUGAAAAUAUCAUUGGGAGUUAUGAUGUCUGUAUGCACUGGUCGUUUGUUACUUCACUGAAAUGCAAACCUCACAGACAGUAAUGGCAUCCAUCCAUCCAUCAUUAGCAAAAUUCAGGUCUGUUGUUUGUAUAACAAAAUAACAUGCUGUCUUAAAAAUAAA